UUCUCAUUUAACGGCCUACCAACAAGUGUGUGUUUUUGAUUAGUGAGCUCUUCAGCUAUUUACUUAAAAUUUAACAGAGUAAAUCGGUAUUUUGAACGUAUUUUCAAUUGAUGUGCAUUUAAUUCUUGAAAAAAUAAUACAAAAAAAAAACAACAACAAAAUAAUAAUUAAGUACAACAUUUCAACAUAUUGUGCAAAUUUAUUAGUAAUUUAUUGUUAAUUGUUUGAUGCUUUAGUUGAAAAUAAAAAAGAGAGAAAAUAGUAAAAAAAAAUUUUAAAAUUUUUUGCAAAAAUAACAACCAGCUGUUAGUUACAAAACAAAAAUUUAGGUUGUUGGUGAUAUUAAGAAGCAGCGAGAAAAUUAUUUUGCAAAAAAAAGUAAAAAUAAAAAAAUAACAUCAUCACUUAAAGUAGUGGUGGUUUAAAAAACAAAAAAACAACAAAUUUAAAACAAAAACACUUGUUGUUGUCUUUUAAUAUGACAAUCAUGGAGAGUAUCAACGAAUUAAUGGGAUCUCCCGCCGUGCGCAUAAAGUUGGUGGCUUUUGUUCACUUUGUUUUCAUAUCAAAUGCCAUGAUGGGUAUGUGGGGUCAUGGAGCCUAUGAAUUUUAUAACUUUCUUUUCAUAAUCGCCAUGUUCUGGUGUAUGCACAGCAAGGAUUCGGUGGAUGCGGUUCAUGUAGCACUAGUUAUUGAUACCAGCAGCAUAUUUUUUGAUAUAGUCAGCAUUAUUAUGCAUGCCAAUUCAAUGAAUGGCUGGGCCAUUGCGUUUGCCAUUAUCAAUCUUAUUUUGAGACCUAUAAGUGUGGUUCUAUUGUAUCGUGAAUUCAAUGCACGAGGCGGUGCCACUGGCUCAGUAUUCCCUGCCACCUCAACACAACAACGUAGUUAUCAAGACAUCGAUAGACCCACACAAACAGUGCCAACAACAUCAGCAGGACCGAAUGUAGCGAGCAUAUUCUAAGUCAAAUUUCUUAUUUAAUUAAAACAAU